AUGAUACUUGAAGCAAGAUCUUCUGUGCUAGUUCGAAAGUACGACGAGCCAAAGGCUCAAGACCCCCCUCCGUACAGCGACAUUGAACGUUCGUAUGGCCCGGCCUAUCCCAGUACAAGUUCCAGAGCAGCGCCUGCAGCCUCACUAGCACCGCCGCCUUCGCUUUCUAUACGGCGUGCUGAUUCGGACUGCGCGCCCGUAAAUGGGCUUCACCUACAGAAACGGAAAGAAGACAUCACAGGAUCGUAUUGGGUUGAUCCAUGUCUGCCCGCGUCAGACACCCACCGCCCACCGAAGGGCUGGCGAGCCCCUCCUAAUGUUUCGUUCGAAACUCACCAAGGUGCCAUCAACGUCGAACUCUCUACUGCGUGCUUGCACGAAGGGCGGGCGAAAUCCAUAGCCAGAGCAUCAAGUCAUACAGGAGAUAUAACUGUCACACUAGCCGACGCGCAACCUGACCAAACCAUCAAUGUUGAUAUGACCUCCCGACGAGGGACUGUUGCCCUCUUCAUCCCUCGAAGCUUUUCCGGUGUCAUCCAGCUUACUACUCGGCGAGGGUCAAUGGAGCUUCUACCUGGCCUCUUGAAGAUCGCAAAAAUUGUGAACGAGACCGAAACCGAGACUCUUCUCAUGAUCGCUAACCCACGCACGGCGGCAUCAUCAUCAACGGCUAAUUAUUGCCAACUUUACUCGCGGUUUGGGAAACUAUACGUUGGUGUGAAGGGCGAGGACAAGUUGCUUCCCAAAGAACCUGGGAAGUGGGCGAAGUUCGCGCAGUACCUCGGUUAUCUAAACGCCGACUUCUACGGGAAGUUGAAAGCCAUCCACAUGAGAAGCGAUUAA